CGCCGAACUAUUCGGAUUCACCAGAUGUUAACCCCGAAUGAUGCUCGAAUCAGAGUCCACUCUUCAUUCAGGUCAUGAAUAUUCUUCUUACAUUGAAUAUUAUAUAAAGAUCUAACGGAAUGCCCAAGCCCUCAAGUCCCAUUCCAAGCUCGGCAUCACACCAACAUCUCAGUAAACUUCCUCCAAAUAACAACUAUGGCCACCCCAAAGAUCGUUCUCAUCACUGGAGGUAACAGUGGCAUUGGCUAUGAAGCCGUCAAAGCAUUACUAGAGUCCAACAAACCCUACCACAUUCUCCUCGCUAGCCGUUCGCUAGAAAAGGGCGCACUUGCCGUCCAGAGUCUUCAUGAGGAAUGCCCUGAGUCAACAAACGCAGUUGAAUCAGUCCAGCUCGACCUCACUAGCGAUUCGUCAAUCAGCGAACUUUUCGACCAUGUCAAGGAUAGCCAUGGAUAUCUUGACGUCCUCGUGAACAAUGCUGGCGCCACAUUCGACAUCGAAUUCCUGGCCGGCAACGUCACUCUCCGCGAAUGCUUCACCAAAUCCUAUGAUGUCAACCUUGCAGGCACAAACGUCUUAACCUGGACUUUCAUCCCUCUCUUACUCAAAUCCUCCGACCCCCGCCUAAUCUUCGUAGCCGGGCUAUCCCACCUCUCGCAAGCAUCUGAGAAAUACUUCCCCACGCCGCCACAGCCAGCUGGAUGGCCGAAGAACAUCGACUUUGAGACUAUUGGAUACCGAUGCAGUAAAGUUGCACUCAAUAUGCUGAUGUUGGACUGGAAUCAUAAACUCAAGGAAGAUGGGGUUAAGGUUUGGUGUGUGGGACCGGGUUUUUUGGCGACGAAUCUUGGAAAUAUGAAGGAGAAGGUUAAGGAGAUGGGUGGCGGGCAUCCAAGUAUUGGAGGGAAGGUGCUUCGGAGGGUUGUUGAGGGAGAGAGAGAUGCAGAUGUUGGGAAGAUUGUUCUUGGGGAGGGGCUCUGUCGAUUCUAGGUGCAGAUUCGAGCAAGUACUUUAAUAUCUUGCUUUGGAUAUGAAGGUUCUGGACGCGGGAUGAUG